AUGGCAUCGCUGCCUCUUACCAGCCUACUCACCUCGACCAACCCUGCUGGCUUCGAACGGGCCACAAAGCAUUCGUUCCUCAGAGCUGCUGGAAUGGGCCAGGUUGCCACGGAAAAGCUAUCUCAAUGGCUCGCUCAGGACCGACUGUACGCACAAGCCUACGUGCGCUUCAUUGGCGGGCUUCUCACCAAAGUGAUCUUGCCGCCAUGCAACCCGGACAGCCAAAAAUGCCGCACGCCGAGCACCGAGGAACGCAUUCUUGAUAUCCUGGUGGAUUCUCUAAACAACAUUCAAAGAGAACUAAAGUUUUUUAACGAAGUGGCUAUGGAAUAUGGACUUGACCUGACAGCUGUCGCAUGCAGCCCCAAUGAAGAACCGUUCCUAGCACCGGGCGUUUUUGCUCCUAACCCCAUCACGCGAGCAUACAUUGAUCUCUUCAUGUCUGCCUCGAGCCCCGGGUCAAGCCUGCUAGAGGGGCUAACUGUGCUCUUCGCCACAGAGUACGUCUACUUGCAUGCGUGGAAGUUUGCGGCAUCAGUCAUGGCCACAUCCCCCGCAACCUCGAUUCAGCCUUCCCCGGCGUCCUUUUCGACUGGUGCCGAGAGGGACUGGGAUGGCGGCGCGCUGCGUCGCAAGUUUAUUCCAAACUGGUCCAGUGCCGAGUUUCAAAAGUAUGUUGAUACCUUGCGUGACGUUACCGAUGAGCUGGCGGGUCGCCUCAAGGGUGCGGAGGAGAUGGAGAGGGAAAAGGGGAAGUGUGUUCGCUGGUGGAGACAUAUUCUGUGGCUUGAAGAGCGGUUUUGGCCAGAGGUUGAUGCUCCGUAA